CACCCAAAAAGAAUCAUUCAUUUUCCAGCAGAGCCUGCUCAUUUGCAAGAUAAAAGAGAGCCAGCUCUGCACAUGCCCAUAGUGUUCCUCACCACUGGGGGCAGCUUUACAUAAGACUGCAUUCACUGAAACUGAAGCAACAGUCCGAGCCGCUUUCAGAAUGACAGUCUGCAGGAGUGAGCCGAGCGUGUGCGCGGAACCGGGCUCUCCUGCCUUCUGGGCUCCAACGCAGCGCCGUGGCUGAACUGGGUGCUCACCGCCACGGGACCGCCAGGCUACUAUGGAAUACAGAUGUGGCAGUACAGGUAGCCCCACGUUGCCUAGAGGAAUACAUCAUGGGUUUUGAGAAGAAAUUGUAGAAGCAAUUUUUUUUUACACACACACACACACACACACACACACACACACACACACACACAGUAAAGAUGCAAAAACGCAAUAUCCAUGAAGAUCCUAUUACCUAGGAAGACUCGGAUGUUUUACUGUGAAUGCGGUGUUGGGAUUUAUUUGUUCUUGGAGUGUUCUGCAUGGCUGGUAAAGAAUAAUGUUCCAAAAUCGGUCCAUCUCCCAAGGGGUCCAAUUUUUCUUCCUGGGUGUCAGCGAGCCCUGACUCACUACACUGCAGCUGACAGGGGCUGUCAUGCAGGCGGCCCCUAAGCCAAAGCAAAAGACCUAAGGACGGCCUUUGAACAAUACAAAGGAUGGGUUUCAAUGUAAUUAGGCUACUGCGCGGAUCAGCUGUAGCGGUGGUUCUAGCCCCCACUGUCUUACUGACGAUGCUCUCUUCAGCUGAAAGAGGAUGCCCUAAGGGUUGUAGGUGCGAGGGCAAAAUGGUAUACUGUGAAUCUCAGAAACUGCAGGAGAUCCCCUCAAGCAUAUCCGCCGGUUGCUUGGGUUUAUCCCUUCGCUACAACAGCCUCCAAAAACUUAAGUAUAACCAGUUUAAAGGGCUCAAUCAGCUCACCUGGCUCUACCUUGAUCAUAACCAUAUCAGCAAUAUUGACGAGAAUGCUUUCAAUGGGAUACGCAGACUCAAAGAGUUGAUUUUGAGUUCCAACAGAAUCUCUUAUUUUCUUAACAACACCUUCAGACCUGUGACCAAUUUACGGAACUUGGAUCUGUCCUAUAAUCAGCUCCAUUCUCUGGGAUCUGAACAGUUCCGGGGCUUGAGGAAGCUGCUUAGUUUACACCUCCGCUCCAACUCCCUAAGAACAAUCCCUGUGCGGAUCUUCCAAGACUGUCGCAACCUGGAGCUUCUGGACCUGGGGUACAACAGGAUCCGAAGUUUAGCCAGGAAUGUCUUUGCUGGCAUGAUCAGACUGAAAGAACUUCAUCUGGAGCACAAUCAAUUUUCCAAGCUCAACCUAGCCCUUUUCCCAAGGUUGGUGAGCCUUCAGAACUUGUACAUGCAGUGGAAUAAAAUCAGUGUCAUAGGGCAAACCAUGUCCUGGACUUGGAGUUCCUUGCAGAGGCUUGACCUGUCGGGAAAUGAAAUCGAAGCGUUCAGUGGACCCAGUGUCUUCCAGUGCGUCCCCAACCUGCAGCGCCUCAACCUGGAUUCCAACAAGCUCACAUUUAUUGGUCAAGAGAUUCUGGAUUCUUGGAUCUCUCUCAAUGACAUCAGUCUUGCCGGGAAUAUAUGGGAAUGCAGCAGGAAUAUCUGUUCCCUGGUAAACUGGUUGAAAAGUUUUAAGGGGCUGAGAGAGAAUACAAUUAUCUGCGCCAGUCCCAAAGAGCUGCAGGGGGUAAACGUGAUCGAUGCAGUAAAGAACUACAGCAUCUGUGGCAAAAGCACCACCGAGAGGUUUGACCUGGCCAGGGCGCUCCCCAAGCCCACGUUUAAGCCCAAGCUCCCCAGGCCCAAGCAUGAGAGCAAGCCUCCGCUGCCCCCCACGGUGGGAGCUACCGAGCCCAGCCCAGAGACAGAUGUGGACACAGAACACAUCUCCUUCCAUAAGAUCAUCGCGGGCAGCGUAGCCCUUUUCCUGUCGGUGCUGGUCAUCCUCUUGGUAAUGUACGUGUCCUGGAAGCGGUACCCAGCCAGCAUGAAGCAGCUGCAACAGCGUUCCCUCAUGAGAAGGCACCGGAAGAAGAAACGGCAAUCGCUCAAGCAAAUGACUCCAGGCACCCAGGAAUUUUAUGUAGAUUAUAAACCCACCAACACUGAGACCAGCGAGAUGCUGCUGAACGGAACCGGACCCUGCACCUAUAGCAAAUCAGGCUCCAGGGAGUGUGAGAUACCUUUAUCAAUGAAUGUGUCAACCUUUCUGGCAUACGACCAGCCCACAAUAAGUUAUUGUGGGGUCCAUCAUGAACUUCUCUCCCAUAAGCCCUUUGAAACGAAUGCACAGGAAGAUACGAUGGAAAGCCACCUAGAGACUGAGCUGGACCUGAGCACAAUCACAUCAGCUGGCCGCAUCAGUGACCAUAAACCACAGCUGGCUUGACUGAGCUGAGUGGUAGCCCAGGCUUGCUACCGAACUGUAACCUCAACGACAGAAACAGUAAAAUUUGUUUAUUGCAACUCUCAAAAACAAAACAGAAAUCCCCUGUUCAAAUAAACAAAAUUCCAAGAUUGGUUCAUGAAAUAAAUGAAGACAUGAAUUGUUUCAAGUCUAUACUUUGUAACUAGCUAAGUUGUGCAGUAUUUUUUUUUUUUACUUUGACAGAGAAUGUCCCUGAAAAAUAAAUCACUUUUUUCCAAAAACUCAUCCUACCUACAUGUAAAAAUUGUACAGCGCUAAUGUAUUUUUUCAUAUUAUAAAGUUUCAACCCUAGAAACAACUGGUAUGUACAGUACCAUAAUUUAAUUAUGCUUUACUUUAUAAAAUUUACACUUUUCAGUUUCUAAAAUUUUAAAUUAACAAACAUUAUUUCUUGUGUUCUUGAGAGUUACUCGGUUUUGUAGGGGCUGUUUUGUUACUGCAUUUGUGCCCAGAAACCUUGACUCUGAAAUCUGUGCUGUGCGAACAAUGCACGAUUUUUAUCAUUAUCAUGCUUACUGCAUAGAAUUUUAUCUACUUGUUCCAGAAAUAAUACAUUAACCAAAAAUGGUUUUAAUUGUUCAGACGUGUAAGAGGUUCUUCAAUUACAUAGACAGGUCUUUCUUAUAAAUGAAAAAAAAAAUCAGAUUUUUUUUUUUAACAGUUCUAAGACUUAACUGUUGCCUUGAAUUACAGCCUAGUUUCUAAGCAGUGAAAUGUAAUGAUAAAGAGGGAUAUUUUAACAAAGUAUUUCCGAAUGAAUGACUCAUUAUUUCAUUCUUUUGAGUAACCAUUAUUAAGGGUAGGGGAAAGCAUGGACCAAAUAUCACUGGAAACAAAGGUCAAGUAACCACAGCAACAGACUUUGAUACAUUUCAGAGGUGCAGCUACAGUGACAAAGAAAACUUCUGUUACAUCUCUUUAUUGUCAGGCCAAGGUGGGAGGAUACAGCAUAAUUGUACAGUAGCAAUUUUUUUUCUCUUAAUUAACCCAAAGUGGUUUUAUCUAAAAAUAACCACAAGUCAGUUCAAACUGUGCCUGGUUCUCAAGGCAAGUUUUCAUUUAGAAGGUGAAGAAAUAUUUGGGGAAUAACUCGAAGGAAAAAUACAGAAAUUUUCUUAUUGUGUACCACACC